AUGAUUUCAAAUAUAUUUUUUUCAAACAAAAAUAAUUGGUCAAAUGUCUUGGUAAUUCUUUUGUUGUUUCUAAUAGAGCUAUCCAUUGCAUGUAGUGGUAGUAAACAUUGUGGAAAUCAAAUCAAUAGUUAUUGUGAGUUUUCCAAUUUCAAUAUAUUUCCUGGCAUUGGAUAUGAUAAUCAUCAAGACAAGGUAUUCUUGCUAGGUCGAUUCAACCAAAGCUCUGAGCUAAAGUAUAUUGUCAGCUUGAAUGGAGAUGGAUCAUCCUCAUUAUCUGGAGUGUUUUCAGUGUUGACCGAUAGCUUUUCCAGUACUCACAUUACUCAAGAAAUGUUCUACUAUGAUGAAGAAAUAAAAUUACCAGUUCUAACUGCCAUGAACCGAGGAUUUUACAGCUAUGGUCCAUAUUUCCCAAAGAAUAAUACUUUUCUGCCAUAUUGGACUACUCAAUACUAUCCUUUGGCUGUUUAUUUUGAUGAUAUCGAUUCUUCAACCUAUCUGGUCAACAAUUAUCUACAAAGAAUUGUAAAAAAUAUUACAGUGGAGAUGAUACAAUUCCCAGUAGUUGGAAUCAGACAUAUACAAUCAAUGAAGAGAGUCGAUAAAUCUUGUGUGGAUUGUACCCAAAUAGAGAAUGUUCUUACCUUGCCAUUUACAACCUUUGCAUUUGAGAGAAGUUCUACACAUUUCUAUUUUGGAGUGACUAUUGGAUACUUUGGCUCACCAUCUGACCAACCAGGUUUAUAUCAAUUGCCAAUCAACGGUCCAAUUUCUAAACUAAGAAAGAUUUUAGAUAAUCCUGUACAGGGUUUAGUAUUCAACAGUGAUAAGAGCUCUUUGUUUGUGUCGACCUACGAUAACCAGGUUUUCAGAAUCAACCAACUCUCUGGAAAUCACCAGGUACUCUCGCUUUACACACAUUCUAGCAACGAAGGAGCUUGUUUAUGUACUUCAAGAUUUUCUGGAAAAGACUGUAAAGAAUGUUUCUCUGACAAUAUUGUCAUGAACAACGGUGUUGCUGCUUGUGUUUUCAAAUCACCAGAUCAAUAUAAACCAUGUUUUGCCGAUAGUCAAUGUGGAAAUUUAUCGAUGUCCUAUUGUGAAGGUUUCUGUAAAUGUAAGAAUGGUUUUGAAGGAGUCGAUUGCUCAGUAUGCACUGGAACAAUUACCUGGGACUAUUCAGUACCUAAAUGUACUCCCAAAAAGAUCGAUCCACCUGUUGAUACAAAUACACAAACCUCUCCUUCCCAACCAUCAAAUUCCACUGCUAUUCCAACAUCACCAGUUGUCCCAAGCAACUCAACGACAUCCGAUCUAAAUACCAAUAAUAAUUUAACCAAUUCAUCACAACCACCAACCUCUACACAAUAA